CCCAUUAGGACAUCAUGGGAAGUUCUAACUCAAAGAAAAAAUUGCACAAGAGUAAAACUGUUUUCAGGCCAAUGUCUAAAGUGGCCCUUGAUGAAAUUAAGAAACAUUACAUGGUGAGCUCAACUGCUCUUGGAAGAGGAGCCUUUGGGAAAGUCUUUAAAGCACAAAGCCUGACUGAUGAAAACUUUAGAGUUGCAAUAAAAGUGUUAAACAAGAAGAACAUGAAAGAAAAAGAUAUUGAAGAACUUGGUGGUGAAGUCCAGAUCCUCAACCAACUUGAUCACAAGAACAUUGUAAGAUACUAUGAGGUAUAUGAAGAUAAGAAGUCCUUAUAUUUAGUCAUGGAGUAUUGCAGCGGAUCUAAUUUGUACGAGCGUCUAACGUAUCAAGGGAUAAAGUACUCAGAAACUGAAUGAGCAAAAUUAGCCCAGCAGCUACUCCUUGCUCUUCAUCACUGACAUUCCUCGGGGAUCACUCAUAGAGAUAUAAAGCUGGAGAACAUAAUGAUUACUGAAGAUAAUAUUGUCAAAUUAAUUGACUUUGGGCUAUCCAAGAAUGCCACUAAAGAAGAGAUGAUGAAAUCGAUGACUGGAACUCCAUACUACAUGGCACCCGAAGUUUUAGAGGAAGAAGAGUAUACCUCAGCUGUAGAUCUUUGGUCUCUAGGAGUUGUACUCUUUACCUGUCUUGGUGGGUACAGACCCUUUACAGGCGCAAACUUCAAAGAAAUAUCUCAAGCUAUCAUUGGAUGUAAAUAUAAGUUUCAUUCCAGAGAAUGGAGCGGAAUCUCAAGAGAUGCUAAAGAUUUAAUCUCGAUGAUGCUUACUAAGGAACCAAAGAAGAGGAUUUCAGCAGAAAUAGCGCUGAAGCAUCCUUGGUUUGGUCUGAUCACAGAAAUUAAAUUAGAUGCAAUAGUCAAAAAGGAACAGACAGUGAGAGGAAAAACCAUGACAAAAUUGAAGAAGUUCCAGAAGCUUAACCCUCUUCGUAGAUGAGCAAUUGAAUUCUUAUUAAAUAUGCUUAGCGAUGAAGAGAAACAAUACUAUGAAAAAGAAUUCAAUAAAUUUGAUACAACUAAAAGUGGCAUGAUCAGUGAUAAGGACUUCAUAAACAAGGUACAAGAAUCUGAAGAUGAUCUGAGCAAUAAAGAAAUCAAAAAAUUAAUGAAGGAAUUAGACUACGAUAACUCCUCACAAAUAAGCUAUAAAGACUUCUUGAUUGCAACUCUGGACGUUAAGAAGGUGCUGACUAAGGAGAGGCUUGAUACAAUCUUCAAUAAAUUUGACACCAAGCUCAGCAAGUCUAUUGACGUAAAUGAUCUGAUGGAAGUCUUAUCCUCUUGCUCGUUCAAAGUUACCGAGAGAGAAUGAGAGGAAUUGAUUCACAAGUAUGACAUUUCGGAUACUGGGUAUCUGACUAAGACAGACUUUAAGCUAGUGAUGCUUCAUUCAUAGUGCAACAUAAUCUCCAAAAUUCAUUUAUACCACAGCUAAAUUGUUAUUAACUUAUUCACU